CAAUUCACAUUGUCAAUUUUUUGUGAAUAAAUAGCGGUGCCCGUGCUGAAAUUCACAAAGAAUUGUUUUAAAAUUACUUAAAUUGACAAUAAUUAACAUCAAAAACUGUGGCUAUAUAAAAUUUAUCUCAUUCCCUAUAUAGUGCAACGUCAUUUUACCGCGGAAAAAGCAGUAGCGACCUACAGCCAUGGACCAGUUACUACAGCAGGUUGCCUCCAACAUGGAGAAGCAGCUGGACAAUGAGAUUGAGAGGUUGGAGACGAUGGAUUCUAGUGACCUGGAGGCUAUCAGACAGCAGAGGAUCGCAGAGAUGAAGAAACGCGCUAAGGCCAAGCAGGAGUGGCUAGCUAAUGGCCAUGGGGAGUACACAGAAAUAGACGGCGAGAAAGAGUUCUUCACAGUGUGCAACAAGAGUGAGCACGUGGUCUGCCACUUCUAUAAGAACGACAGUCCUCGCUGCAAGAUCGUGGACAUGCAUCUCAAAGUACUGGCCAAGAAACAUGUUGAGACGCGGUUCGUCAAGCUGGAUGUUGAGAGAGCUCCGUUUUUGACUGGUCGUCUGAAGAUCCGUGUGAUCCCCACGAUAGGGCUGGUGAAGGAGAACAAGACUAAAGACUUUAUAGUCGGGUUCACUGACCUCGGGAACAGAGAUGACUUCUCCACUGAGAUGCUGGAGUGGCGGAUAGCCAGAUCAGACAUAAUAGAAUACUCAGGCGACCUCCUGGUCCCUCCGGAGGAGGCUCGCAAGGCGCGUAAACUGCAGAUACAGAACAAAAAAACCAUCAGAGGUACUCCGGACUCCGACUCAGAUUUAGAACUCAGCGAUUAACAGACCAUAGUCCAUUAGUUAUCGUGUAAAUUAACAAUAGAUAUAACUAUAUAUUAUUUAAAUGGAUUCCUAAAUUAUGCUUGUUUAACAUCAUCAGCCUCUAAGUGGCCACUGCUGACCAAAGGCCUCUUCUCACACGGAGAAUGUUUGGGCAUCAAUCACCUCACUUGGUUACUCAAUGCGGGUUGGUGAUUUCAAACUUAUAAUUAGUAAUUAUAAGGCCAGGUUUUCCUCACCAUGUUCGAAGGUCGUGUAGAUGAUGUUGGCAAUUAAAUACACUGGUUUGUGUUGCCAUCAUAACAAAAAAUUAAUUACAAUGUGUAUAAAUCUCAAUUUUAUGUAUUAGUUUUAAAUUACUGCACAAAAUUAUGUUUUAACAAGCAAAACAUUCCUUUUGCAUACUUUCUAACAAAAUUCUGGCAAAAAUACACUUUUUUAUAAAACAAAAAAAUGUCCUGCGUGAAUGGUGCUAAGCGAUUGUACAACUUAUUGUAGAGAACAUAGAGUACAUAUUUCUUUGAGCGUAUUUGCGUAGUGUGACCAGACUCCGUAACGGUAGUUUGGUAGUUUUCGCUAGUUUGUGUUCGGGUUAUUAUAUUUGUGUGUUAAACGUUUAAUGUACAAUACAAUGCAUUAUUAUUAAAAUAUUUUGAAUAAACACCUUUUUUAAC